AUGGAUAAAUUAUUUUUAGAUCAAACGUUUAAACUAUACAAAUCGAAUGACACCUUACCUCAGUUGACCCAACCUCAACUAGACUAUGUUUCAACUAUAAUAUGUCAGUACUUAUUUCAAACUUUGGCUAACGAUAUAAUAUCUGAAUACAGAUCGUAUCAAGAUUUAUUCUUGGACUUUAAAAUCACUCACAGUGUAAGACAAUUUAAUCAAUAUACAAUCACUUAUAUAUCUGUGAGGCACAGAGGAUUACUUCCAAGGCAAACUAUAAUAUUUAUCAAAUCCCCAAAUAACAACGAUAAGAACCGACCGUUCAACACGUUGGUAAUGAUAAAAGCUACUAAUGCGUCGUUGCUAAGUGUACUUAUUCAGGCAAUUGAAAAUUUAGCCACCGAAUUCCCUAUAAUCAUAAGAGAGCUAAAAUUUACUGAAGAAUACCUCAGCCUAAUCAUAGAUAAUGUAUCUAGUGGGCUCACUUCCAUAAACAACUAUGCUGAAGUUAUCGGUGAUGUUGAAUUAAUAUAUCUGACAAAUCAUCUCGUUUCAAAUGAUUCAUUGAGGAACAUUAUCAUUAAUAUCCCCGAAAAAGAUAUACAAAAUCUAGCAGACUCGAAAGGACUUAUCAGCAACAUCAAUGGAUUCUUGAAAAGAACGAGUCAAAUAAAUUUUAACAAUAUUCCCCUAAUUAGAUUUACCUCACGAUUGAUUAAUUUAUCUAGAGAAGGCAAACUUAAGAUAUCUAGCGAUAAACUACAUCUAGUACGCGAUAUGGAAUUUAAUGAUUAUAUUUCUACAUCUAAUCAACCACAGAAUGACGCGUUAGAAGGCCAGGAAAACCUGUUUGUUUGGUUUCUUAUUGGAUCAAUCUAUAAUGAAAACUUAACUACUCAAUUUUAA